AUGCAACUCAGACUGAACCUCAUCUACCUCCUAACCCUGACCCUCGCCUCCCUCUCCGCCGCCUCUCCCGCCGCAGAAACCGGCGCAGCAGCAGCAGCAGCAGGUACAGAUUCCGGCGCACAACCCCCAGCGCCGACCUCUACUGGCAGUAGUAGCAGCGACAGCAGCAGCAGCAGUCCCUACCAACAAUGCGCGAAGAAUAUCCUCGACGCAUGCCUCUCCCAAAUGAAACCCCAAAUGGACAAAUGUUCCCAGAAUGAUUGGUCAUGUCUGUGUACGCAGAGCAAGAAUAUGCUUACAUGCUACAAUGACUGCCCCUCCGACCCAAAUCAUACCUCGGCCGAUCAACAGAAAAUGGAGUAUUGUAAUGCGGCGGAGGCGAAUUCGCUGUAUUCGACUUCUACUAGUGUGAGGUCGUCGAAGACGGUCGUGAGUAGUACGUCGUCACAGACGAGUAGUAGGACUGCUGUUGCGGCGGCGACUUCGUCUGGGGCGGCGGGGAGUGUUAGGGUUGGGGAGGGGGUUGCUGGGGCGGGGAUGAUGGGGUUGGCUGGGUUGGUUGUUGCGCUGGUUUAG